AUUCUAGUCGCGGCGUGCAGUGCAGGAAAGUGUCAAAUGCAAUGACAAUAACUGCUUGCAUACAGACAUUUGUAGUCGUUCAUGGCGCACGAUUCGUAUCAACCGAAUUACAGGCAUUUGUCUUUGAUCUUUUCCCAAUGCAGUACGCUUGAUGCAGUUUACGUAUAGAGCAUCUUCGCAUGUGCGACGGAACUUGGUCCUUUUGGGUCAUGAUUGGCGUGUGCUAUUUGUCUGUACUCGGCUCUCGCUCCCCCCCGUCUAUGCAGAGACACCCGGCCUGCCUGCACCUUCCACGGACAGAGCUGUGAAGGCGAGGAACUGCAUGACCUCCAGACCUGCCUCCAAUGCCGUAACCAACCCGGCAUCCGAACCACACUUAAUCCUCAGACUGCGUAACGUCCUCUGCACAAACACUCGUCGAGAAGGACCCCAACUGAGGGUCCAGUGACUUGAGCUGGCCGUAGAAGGAUUGUGCUGUGAACCGAAAGCUCGAGGAAGAUGCAGUGGACGACGUAUGAGAUACACCAGGCACGUAGCCGCAAGCAAAGCGUUGCUCCAGCG